GGGCGGGCCGGGCGGCCGCGGGCCCGGGGAAGGCGCUGGGUGACGAGCCGCGGUCCCGGCGGUUGAGGGUUCCGGCUUGUGUGCGGGGAUGAGCGGGUCUCUGGGCCGCGCGGCGGCGGCUCUGCUCCGCUGGGGACGCGGCGCGGACGGCCUGCGGCGUUGGAGCGUGCGGGCGGCGGGCUCGGCCGCGGGCGGCGGCUCGGCGGAGCAGCUGGACGCGCUGGUGAAGAAGGAUAAGGUGGUGGUCUUCCUGAAGGGGACGCCGGAGCAGCCCCAGUGCGGCUUCAGCAACGCCGUGGUGCAGAUCCUGCGGCUGCACGGCGUGCGGGACUACGCGGCCUACAACGUGCUGGACGACCCCCAGCUCCGGCNAGGCAUCAAGGACUACUCCAACUGGCCCACCAUCCCGCAGGUGUUCCUCAACGGCGAGUUCGUGGGGGGCUGUGACAUCCUCCUGCAGAUGCACCAGAACGGGGACCUGGUGGAAGAACUGAAAAAGCUGGGGAUCCACUCUGCCCUUCUAGAUGAAAAGAAAGACCAAGACUCAAAGUGAGGGUGCCCGGGCCCCUGGAGCCGCCUGCUAAGCUGCAGGAGGGGCCCCGCAGGCCGCCCUGCCCAGGGCCCUGCCGCACCGACUGUCCGUUUGCCCUGGCUGGGUGAUUUCCGUGUGUCUGGUGUUCAGCCUCAGAAGAUUCCAUUGCGGACUUUGCUACUGUAACCACUGCACUCUGGUGAUCCAGUGUUGGGCCAUGACGAGGCAAACUUGUCACUUGCUCUCGAGGCAAACUUGUCACUUGCUCUUUGCCUGAUUCAGGAGUAAAACCAGGUACUUUGAGUCAUUCGCCUCCGCGACUCCCCUGCUGUUGCGCAGUCUGCAAAGAAGGGCCCCCCUCGACCUCUCAAAUAUUUGUAACUUGUUUUUUCUGUUAAAAAUCAUAAACAAGGGAGAAAAUGUAGCAACUGAGGUGUGUCUUUUAAAAUAAAAUGUCAACACAA